AACAAAAGAGAAGAAAUUAUUGCUAACACACCAUCAGAAUACACUCAUCUUAUCGAAAAUUGUUGUUCUGAUCCAAAUCAACGUCCAACACUGAAUCAAAUUUUGAUAAAACUUGAAGAUCUAUCAAAAGAAACAACUGUUGAAUUUGUUACAAAUAAUAAAUAUGUCAAGAACAAUCAACAAGUGAUGACAUACAGCGAACGUCUUGAAGAAUCCGACGACAAUAUUUAUUUAAAAGACGAGUCACAAAUAUUAAAUGAUAUUGAAUCCGGCGACAAUAUUUAUUUAAAAGACGAGUCACAAAUAUUAAAUG